AUGCAUGACUCCCCAUUCUGUCUUCAGAAUGAAGAUUCCCAGGAAGAGGCUGAUGAUGGUGGUUUGCAAGAGAUGGAGAUUGAGGCAGCAAUGGAAGCAGAGGCUGUGGCUGAGGGGGUAAAAAGAAAGACCAGAGAAGAGGCAGCUUCGCCUGUCCGUGCGGGUGGGGGCCCAGCGGGCAAGAAGUUAACAACCAACGCAAGCCCACCAGCAGGACAACGCAGCCCAGUGCCGCCCACCCAAAGGUCCCCAAGCCCAGAAAGCCCUCCCUUCACACAGGGUGGAAGUGAAGCAGCCCGCUUGUCCAUUCCAAGCUUUGGGAUUGACAUCUACGACCUGAGUCAGACCAGCAAGGCAUCUACCACGGUGAAGGAUCCUAUGCACGACGCCAUAUCAAAUUACUUGGCUUGCAUGGAUGAAGCACAAAGCCUUUCAUUCCUUCACACCAAGAGCACAUAUCAAGGGCUUGGAAGCCCGGAGGCUUCUUAUCAAACCGUUCUGAAUGCAGCCUUGAAAGACCCCAGGGUUGCUGUGGCAUCAGACUUUGCCUUCCGAACUCGAGAAGUGCUGCCCGCGCCUUUCGGAGUCAGCUUGAGAACCAUUGCCCGCAAGGAAGGUUGGGAGCCUGAGACAUUCAUGGCGCCGAUCCUCAGCACGCGGCUUCGAUUGCAGCCUGAUGAGGAGCACCAACGUGGCUGCGUAGUCCAGAUUGUUUGCGCAGGUGACCCCAGCAUGCGCAAGAGUUCUUUGAAGGAUUUUACCAGCAAAAAGCUUCUUUCCCAUGCAGAUGUCCCUGCUGUCAUCAAGGCAGGUCUGCACUACGGCAACAAAGAAAAGAUGUGCACUUGGCUGAACUGCGAAGGUGACAAGACAGUCACUGGAGAUGGUGCCACUGCGCUGACUCAUUACAUCUUCGUUCACCACGUGUAUGGACAGGUGUCGCUUUGUGAGUAUGUGCUCCAGCCGACUGCAAGCAUGUUUUCCAAGAGAAUCCAUGCGACGUGGCAAACAAGGCCAGUGACAAGUGACCCUGAUCAGCAGAGCCAGUCCAGCAAAGAGUUUCUGAUUGACUUCUUUGGUUGGAUGGGGCGCGUGGCAAGCAACCAGGACAAAGACCACUAUUUUGACAAGUUCGCCUUGCCCGUGCUCAGGAAGGCUUUGCAGGGACUUGCAGAUUUGGAUGCCAAGAUGAAAUUGCAGCAAGUCAUUCUGUCCAAUCCUCGAUGCGCUGGUCCAACCUCCACUGCGCACAUUCGCUCUGUUCUGAAGUACCACUUUCAGAAGGAGAAAGAAGAAAAACCAGCAAAGUACGUCUUGGCAGCAGUCAAAGACCUCUUGAAAGUUGGCAUCUUGCAAGAGGUUGACAAGAAGGAAGUGGAAGAGCAGGCGCCCAAACUUAAGGACAAGAAAAGCGCCAAGAGCAAGGAGGCCACGCUAAAGAGCGAGCCACGAGGCCCGCCACGAGGCCCGCCAGGUGGCCACGCUGUCCUGUACUACCAGACAUGUGCCGAUGCUAAGUGGCACCAGGACAACGGCUUCUACCUUAGGGAUUCAGCAGAUGCUGAUGCCAGCAUGCGUGAUGUUGGACGCCAGGACGUCCGCGUUCUGACACCUCACGCCCUUCAGUCAGAUGACGAUUUGUUUCUUCUCGACAGUCUCUCUGGCAAUGUCAAGGUCAUGAACGGAGAUCUGGUUCGCGAAGCAGAGGACUCCUCAAAUGCAAUGGAAUCAGAAGAGCAGGAGGGAGAGACAGGGAGACGUAGACUCAAAUGGACUUGCCAUGAGUUAGGGCCGGGCCUUAACUUUACCUUGCUCAUCUUGGCUCCUGUGUUUCCUGCUGUCGACUUGUCAGAGUUGCCACGUGAAGGCGGUAUGGUGAAUGUAAAGGUGCACACCUUGGAAGAUGAACUCUGCAGCGUGGAGGUGGAAGCUGGUUGUACUGGCCGCCAAUUGAAAGAAGCAAUUGAAGAAGCGACCAACUGGGUGGAAUUGGUUUGCACUCAAUGCCUAGCAUUGGGUGUCAAUGCUAUUCGUGACGAUGAGGUGGUCGAUUUUAAUGGUGAGGAGACCGUGUUUGUGAUGGUGACCCGCAGGCCCUUGCCUGCCAAGAUUUUUUACCGCCCAGCUGGAGAGGCGAAAGAAACCCAACAGAAAGCUCUGGCACUUGCCAUGCGUCGCUUUGCAUCUAGCCCUGUAGUGCUAGAAGUGCCAUGGCACGGCCUUGUGUUUGGCACUGGCCAAGAGGAAGUCAAAGCGAUUUACUCAGAGCAAUCUGAACAUUUACGCCAAGAAACUCCUGGCAAAGACAUGAAUUUUGAGCAUCGAGCUCUGGAUUGGGAAACAUUUGAAAUCUGCUUGCCCUGGAAAUAUGUUGCAGGUGUUGCAACAGAUGACAUCGUAGCUGUACUCGCUUUGCAGUCGACCUGUAUGCUCAUCGGCGACGGUCACAGCUCAGCAGCUGCUGUGUUGCUGCUCAAAGAUGGACGCUUUCUGGCAGCGACAGCCCGUAUCGACGAAGCAUCUGGUCUCGUGAAUUAUGGCAGCGUUAUUGUUUCGGCAACUUUCUAUGCAGACACUUGCGAAAUGCUAUUUGACGCCCUUCCCUCCUUUGCGCAGGCCAUGUCUGAACCAAUGACUCGCGACUGGCUGAAAGAAUAUGCGUUCGAGAUAGAGGAGUUCUCGCAUCCCUGGUCGGUACAAGUCCAUGCAGUGGAUCUAUAUGGUUGGACUGAAGGCUGGUGGCCAAGCGAGGAUUCUAUUAGAUUAGUUGUUGGUAGAGAGGGCCUGCCAAACAUGCCGUUGAUGAAGUUCAGGCCUGCAUUUCCACAGAGCGUGCUCAAGCCUUUUUGCGACCUGAGGGGCAUCAGGCCGGCGUUACAGACAGCCCUGCACGAGGUUCUGUCUACGUGUUGUACCAAGGGCAAAGGCAGAGGCAAAGGAAAAGAUGCUGACGAUGCCAAAGAUCAGCGGCCGUUCUCCGAGGCCAUUUCGCUGUUCAAAGCAAAACUGGAAGCAAAAUUGAGCCAAAUCGCCUUGACACAAGAAAAGGAAGUCAAGUCAUUGGAGCCUUACCUUGACAAGUUGGAGCAGACAGAGCCUCCCGAGAGCAUUGACUACGACUUGCAGACGCGAUUUGAGACGUGCUUUCACACCUGGGAGACAGAUGUUGUUUUUGGUUUAGGGAGGACUUCGGUUGAGAUAUGA